AAACGUGGUUUUAGGAAGUGUCGUUAAACACCAGGAAGUUGUAAACAAAGCUGACAGCUAUUGAGUUAGCUGUUAAGUAUAUCUGCAUGGAUCUCGAAAUAGCUGAAUAAAAAGGCGAUAUUCGUUAUUUUUAAAUAAUAAAGCUAACCGGUUUCAAUGUAGCGGUCGUUCUGCGGUCGUUCCCCGGGUCCUAUUCCUCUUAGGUACCGUUACCUGUCUUCCGUUUUAGCGCUGAGGGGAGAAAAAACAAAACAACUAACGUUUUUGUCCGAGGACGUUAGACCAGUCGCCGUUGCCGCACCGAACAGUAAACGUUAAUCGUCUACUAUUUACCUGAUCCACACUGGUUUAGCACCACCGGCUUGAACAGCGAGAGGGGUUUAUCUUUGUUAGCUAAACAAAAAUGUCCACGUCCAACGCCAGCUUUAAGAACAAAUGCGUGGCCCAGGUGAACUGCAUCUUCUGUGACAGCCUGUUGUGCACCAGGGGGAUGAAGGCUGUGCUUCUUGCAGACACCGAAGUUGAGCUCUUUUCCACGGAUAUACCUCCAAACAGAACUGUUGACUUUGUGGCCAGCUGCUACUCAACUGAGAGCUGCAAAUGCAAACUGAGGGACAUUGCGUGUCUCAAAUGUGGCAAUGUUGUGGGUUAUCAUGUGGUUGCCCCCUGCAAACCCUGCUUGCUGUCAUGUAACAACGGCCAUUUCUGGAUGUUCAACAGCGACGCUGUGUCCACUCUCAACAGACUUGAUGCUACGGGUCUGAAUCUGCUCCUUUGGGGAGAUCUUCCAGAGUUGGAUGACAGUGAAAACGAAGAAUCGGAAAGCCCGUCUGAGGAGGAGUGCAUUAGGUAGAGUGCAACACGGACAAUGUAAAAGGAACCUAGUGGACGACAUUCAUUAACGGGUGAGGUGGAGCUGGAAGAGUGUACAGACUAUGCUGGGAGGAGACCAAAAAGCGAAGCAUUAAAGGGUAACUGAACACUGAAUCGCAUAAGGCUGAUAAGCUCUGCUGUAAUCCUCUGUGUGGGCUGUGACUGCAGCUUCUAAUCAUUCGUCAAACUGAUGCUGCAGCAGGUGUUUCGUCUUUGACGGAUAGCGGAGAACACCUGCUGUGACAUCAAUGGGGCGUGGCAGUGAAGCAGAGGUGCACCAAAGUUUUUGUUGAGUUACCCUUUAAGCUGUGACCAUGCCUUUCUCUUCUUUAAUUUACAAUGUUAAAGCACAGAUAAAAAAAAGAAGUAAUGAUAAUUUCUUUAGGGUAUUAUAAAAUAUGUAGCCGAGGAGAUUGGAGGACAUUCUUGCCUCUUACUUUUUGUUUAACUAUGAGUAAAGCAGAAGAAGCGACGAUAUAAGAUGGUGUUUAAUUUAGUUCAGACUCUGUGAAAGGAUGGCCACAGCUCACCCAGUUGUGUUCUGUACAGAUAACAUGCUGUGAUUGAGAGCUGUGUCUUAAAGGCCUAUAUGUGUUCUCGCUGUGUGGCUUGGUGCUGAAUGAAACCUCGAGUGCUUUUUGAAUCUCACAUAUUAGAGAAAUGGCACAAAUAUUAAAUGAUGUACACGUUCCUUGCUUUUUCAAAGGGCACAUAGUAUUUAAGGUACCAUACAAUUUCAAAUUGUAUGUAAGUGAAAGAUGUCACCAUGCAUAGAUUUAUUUAUUUUUGGUUUGUACACUUGUGAUGGCAGUGCAUUUAGUAUUUAACCCCAAGGUAAACCAGACCAUAGCAGUUUUCCUUACUAACAUACUAACUUAAGGAAUAUGUGAUUGAACAAAAAAGAAACUGAAUUAACUGCUGAGUUAAAACAUACAUAUAUAUAUAUAUAUAUAUAUAUAUAUAUAUAUAUGUAUGAGGGGGAUCCAAUUUAAUGAAAUGAGGGAAUGUAUAAAACAUAAGCUUUGCAAGGGUGUCAGGAUCCAUGAUGAGUUUAUUUAUGCAACAUUGUACCUGCAGCACCUGAGGAGGAAAAACAAGUCAGCCAAGGGGAAUAAUCAUGGAUUGUUAAAAUUUUUGCCUUUUAUAAAUGGGCCUUAGUCAUGCAUUUUAUAGGUCAAUCUACAGAGCUCCUCAAUUGUUUUAUUAUUAUUAUUUUUUUAGAGAAACUGUUCAGGAUGGCACACUGAAUGGUGAAGCUUACAACUUUUAGGGUUGAAACCUCUUUCAUAUUGUGAAGCACUGUCCAAUUCUGUUCGUUGGACAGAAAGAACCAGCAGGUCAGAGUUCAAACUCGAAGAGUUCUGGAUCAAAUCGCUCCUUGGCCAGUUUGUACCUCCAUGUUGCCAUUUUCUCCCUUCUUACAUGUAAAUUUUUACCUGUAAAGAAACAGUUCAUACCUGCACUUAGCCAUUGUGCACUAGUUUAUUUAAUUGGGCAAUUAAUUGAUUAAUUCUAUAGAUGAGAAAUCAUAAAAAAUGCUAAAACCCCAAAUAUUUUACAUUACUUAUAUUUAUUGAAGACAUUAAAUUACACCCCAUUUCCACUAAUUGUGGCUCUGACAGACUGGCUCCUACACAAACCAGAAAAUAUUAAGUUGGAAAAAUAUAGGAAACUACCAUAAAAUUUAUUGUGAAAUGGGUACAAAGUGUUUCUCUGGUGGAUAUGAAGUGAUACUUGGCUGGUCCUUUAAAAAGACCGCUCCAUUUCAUUUACGGUGAAGUUGUGCACGAAACUUGCAAGAGUAGGACAUUUUGAAAGGUGGAUGUGACCAGGACCCAACGAAAAGCAAGUACCGGUACUCUGUGCAUUUGUUGUUUUGCGUCUUUGAGCUCUUGUUCUCACAUCUUCGCUGUGUAAUUCUAUGAUCCGGUCUUAAAGUUACAGUAAAAUUCUCAUUCAGUAAGAAAUUAAUUAAAUUUACUUGUGGUGUCUGCAAUUGCUGUUGAGGAAUCGAACAUCAAAUGUUUUAUUAUUGAUAUAUUUUUUUCUUUUUUUAACCUGAAGGCUGAGGAUAAAUAAUGUGACUAAAUAAGUCACUUUGCCUCCACGUUCAUCCAUGCUGCAGUUUUUAAUUCAGAAAAAAAACACAUUUGAUGAGAAAAAUCUUCUUUUACUUUUAAAUAGAAACUGACAGUCUGUAUCUUUUCAGACCAAUUUCUGUUUGUGUGUAUGAAAUGGUGCAUUACCUAUAUAUUUAUUAAACUCAAAAACCAAAAGUACUGUUUUUUUCUUUAAGUCUAACAAAUGCAUUGAUUUGUAUUGUAAUAUUUUUGUUCUAUAUUUAAUGUGUUGAUCUUUAGUGCUUUGUUUUGUACAUUAAGGGUUGGAUGUGUACAGUUUUACCUCAAGAUGGUAUGAUGUGUGAAUUUCCUCUGGCUAGGAUAAUUGUUUAUAAGAUAAUCAAAUUACUUAAACGGUUGUUUCUGAUGGUUGAUUAACAUCGCCCAUAUGGAAAAUACAUAUAUCUAUAUAUUUUGGAAUUGCACUAAAACUGCACUGGUAGUCUAAAAAUGAUUUAUUGUUUUGUAUGCUUGUUAAGUUAAUAAACUUUUUUU